GAAGAAGGAGAAGAAGAAGAAAAACGCUUUCCUUCACAUCUGAGUUUGUCGGUUUUAGACACAAGCAGAAAUUAAAACCUCACUAUAUUUUGUUUAUGUUGUUGGAGCUUUUACACGGCUGUCAGUAUGGAUGUCGGAGCUCCACAGGAAAACCAGGAGGUUAUAUCAAGCACAACAGCGGCCACAGUGAACAUUUGUGAAGUAGAAAGUGUUGCUAAGUCGUGGAUGAUUGACUUUAACUUUCUGUCACUGUGUCGCUUCUACAGAGAGCAAAACAACGAGAAGUUUUCUACAACUUUAAAAGCGUUUGAAGCGAUGAUCGAUGACGAGAACCAGCUGCAGGACCAUCAGCAAAUGAAGAGAACCAUCUGCUGCUUGCUUUCCAGAAUUAUGGACGGCAAAAACUUGGAUGCACAUUAUGACCUGAAUAACAAAGUGACUCCUCUGAUGUCGGCUCUCUCGGUGUGGGACUGUCUAAAGGAUACCGUGUAUGACGAUGCUCUAUAUGACAAAAUAAAGAACCUGUUAUUUAUUCAGUGUGUUGGUGUGUGUUUGGAGAAAGGGAACGCUCAGCUCGCAGCACAUACCCUGCAGUGGCUGGAGAAAGAGAGCGAUUUACCGGAGAAACUGCAGAGGAAACUGUCCACUGUUGUGUCUAAGAAGGAUGUGUACGAUCAGCUCCUUACCAGGUUCUCCUUUAAUCACCUUCUGAAGAGCAUAAACUCGUUCUUGGACGCUUUUCUUCAGAAACAUCCUUCAGACUUUUUAUUGAAGGCUGCGUCUAAAGUGGUUCAGGCUCGUCAGGAGAGACCGGAGCAGGCUGAUGUGGAUCCGAACAGCGAAGAACCAGAACCAGACAGUCCUGUAAAGCCAGAGACGAACACUGUUUCAUCAGAGCUUAACCUGAGACCGAAAAAGAAGCUUUUCUCCACUAAAACUGUUCAUCCCUGGAAACCAGAAAGUGCAAAGAAACUGCAGUGUCGUCCUCACGGAACAGCCAAAUUAAAAGUCUCCAGAAGGAGUUGUAAAGUACCACCACCAUCACAGCAAGACACAAUCUCCAAACACCGGACCAAGAAGAAGUGGAUCUUUGAGGAGGACCAGUACCUAAAGGCAGGAGUGAAGAAGUAUGGUGAGGGGAAGUGGUCCAAAAUCUUAGAGGAGUUUGAGUUCAGAGAUCGGACAAGUGUCAUGCUGAAGGACAGGUGGAGGACGUUAAAGAAACAAGGGAAGGUUUAAAAUGCUGUUCUCCGAGCUCUAAAUGUAUGUUUUUCUGUAAUACUGAUGCUUUAAUGAUCCUAAAUUGAUGCUGCACCAUCUACAGAUUCUUCAUUUCAGAGUUAUACAAAGAAAUAAAACUCAAUAAAGUUCCAUUUUAACAUUUCCUCAAUGUGGAAACAAUUUACAUUUCUGUAUUAUUUUUUAUUACUUUUUAUGAGGAGUGACUGUAAAUAAUGUUUAUACUGUUUUUAUUUUUGAACCACGUGAGAUUGUAAAAGUGAAUGUUGACGCUUGCAUUGUUCUGGAAUUAUUAUGCUCCAAAUAAACAGGAGUUGAUGUA